AUGAAGAAACUCAAGGCUGUUCUGCGGGGUGGAAAGAAUGGAAAGCAUCUGCAGGAGGGAAACGCGUCCUCAACUACAACAAACGUGCACGACGACGAGGUCGGGCAAGGGCCUUCACCGCCGGACAUUCCUGCUGCGACCUUCCCCGAAGGAAUCAGGGAACUUCAUCCUUGCGACGAUGCCGUCGUCGAUAUCUGCUUCGUGCACGGACUCACGGGGGAUAGGGAGAGGACUUGGACGGCCAAGAAUCAACAAGUACCAUGGCCCCAGCUGCUGCUGCCUCAUCGUCUAAAACAUGCACGAAUUCUGACCUGGGGCUACGAUGCUUACCUGAUGCACAAAGGGGUCUCAUCAUCGAAUCGAUUGAUCGACCAUGCCACGAACCUCAUCAACGACCUCACUGCGGAUCGAGCCGAGCAUAAUGCGUCGUCACGCAGCCUCAUCUUCGUGGCCCACAGCCUGGGCGGACUGGUCUGCAAGAAGGCCAUCACGACGUCAAGAGAUAGUCCAGCACCACACUUGAAAGAAAUCUUUAUAUACGUCAAGGGAAUUGUGUUUAUAGGGACACCGCACACCGGCAGCUGGAUGGCCGACUGGGCCAAGAUCCCCGUUGGAUGCUUAGGGAUUAUGAAAUCCACGAAUCGAUCACUGCUUUCGAUACUGCAGACAGAAGAUCAGCUUCUUGAAUCCCUCCAGAUCUCGUUUCUGUCGAUGAUACGCGAUCUCUGCGAUAACCACCAGCGUCGUGUUGAGGUGACGUGCUUCUUUGAAGAGCUGCCACUGCCGGUGGUGGGAAAGGUGGUGUCGAAAGCCUCAGCCACGUUUGCGGAUCAUCCUGUCAUGUCUAUCUACGGCAACCACAGCGACAUGGUCAAGUUCGCCACGGUUGAAGAUAACGGCUUCAAACGAUUGGCUGGCGAGCUCGUUCGCUGGGAGCGGGAAUUGAGCUUACACAUUAACGCCGGUGAAUUUAUCCCUCAAAAGCCGGCUAGUGCCAUUGAUCCCGUCGGCAACGUUCACUGGACUGUGAAGCGUUCUAUCAACAACCUUUUUGUGGGCCGUGAUGUCAUCUUGACCACGAUCGAAGAGUUGCUCCGACGUACCUAUCAAGAUGUUAAUACGAUCAGACAACAGAGAUUCGUGAUCACUGGCAUGGGAGGACAGGGUAAGAGCGAGAUUUGCUUGCAGCUUGCCUAUCGCGUCCGUCGACUAUUCUGGGGCAUCUUCUGGGUCGACGUCAGCAGCGAGAUUUUGGCCGAGUCAGGUUUCUUGGAGAUUGCCGGUAGACUUCAGAUUCCAGCACAGACGUUAGAAGAAGCCCGACAGGGACUUGCGAACGUGCAGCAACCUUGGUUGCUGGUGCUGGAUAACGCUGACGAUCCCGAGGUUGACUAUCAGCGCUAUUUCCCGGCCGGGUCGUAUGGCGUGGUGUUGUUAACGUCACGGAACGACAACUGUCAUCGGCACGCCACGGAGAAGUCUUUCGCUCUUGACGGACUCUCUGACGAUGAGGCUCGAGAACUGUUGCUUAGGACUGCUGGUGUUCCGGAAGCUCAACGUUCAACGGUGGAGGGCGAUGCCAACGUGGUCGUCUCUCUUCUCAAUUCGCAUCCGCUCGCCCUGAUCCAAGCCGGGUCGUACAUCUCUCGGGGCCACUGCACAUUAUCCGAAUAUCCGCGGGUGUUUGCACAGCAGCGGAAGCGGCUGCUCGCAUUCCGACCGGCUCAGGCACGUUCACGCUAUCGAGACGUGUACGCGACAUUUGAAGCGUCGGCAGAGGUUCUUAGUGCUUUGGCUGAGACGAUGCCACCAUCAUCGACGACGGAAUCAGCUAAAGAUGCUCUGGAGUUGUUGCCAGUGCUGGCCAGUUGCGGGCCCAGUCGACUACCUCUGCCGAUAUUUGAAGCAGGAUGGCAAGGCGCUCAAGGGAUAGAUCUAGAUCAAGUUCACAAUGAUGACGUAUUUAUUCAAGCCGGUGCCGAUGCGUGGGACUCUUUUCGGCUGAUCGAAGCCAUCUAUCUGUGUAAGACGCUCGCACUGGUGUUGACUGACACUCACGACGGAUACUUGAGCGUGUCGAUGCACCCGCUGGUACAUGCUUGGGCAAGAGAUCGGGCAGAUGUGACGGAGCAGCAUAAGGCCUGGCUCGCGAUGGGGUGCUUAAUAGCUGCCUCUCGCAGUGAUCGUGAACUGUGGCGGCAACAAGGACGGCAACUUCAGCCUCACCUCCAGACAUUGACGUCGUGGGACACCAGCAGGAUGUUUGCCUCUGAGCCGUUAAUGAAGAUCACGAGCAUCUUGGUGGAUUGUGGAUGGCUGCUGUAUGAUAUGCGAGAUGACGCUAGACUCUUCAUGCUCAUGAACAACUUGCUCACUCACCUGGGCUUAGACCGACGGAAGGUGGAAAAGAGGUGGUUGGCAGCUUACGAGCUUACGGCAUGGAACCUCGAUAAAUACGGGAAAGUCAAGGAGGCUGUGUUGCUGCUGGAGCAGGUGGUCAAGAUCCAGGAGCAGACACUAGCAGAGGAUCAUCCAUCACGACUAGCGUCACAGCAUGAGCUGGCAGGAGCAUAUCAAGCCAACGGACAGGUCAAGGAGGCAGUGUCGUUGCUGGAGCAGGUAGUCAAGAUCCGGGAGCAGACACUGGCGGAGGAUUAUCUAUCACGACUGGCGUCACAGCAUGCACUGGCAGGAGCAUAUCAAGCCAACGGACAGGUCAAGGAGGCAGUGUUGCUGUUAGAGCAGCAUGAGCUGGCAGGAGCAUAUCAAGCCAACGGACAGGUCAAGGAGGCGGUGUUGCUGCUAGAGCAGGUGGUUAACAUUCAGGAGCAGACACUGGCAGAGGAUCAUCCAUCACGACUGGCGUCACAGCAUGUACUGGCUACAAUCUAUUGGGAUCUUAACCGCUAUAACAAUGCGGUCCAGAUGAUGAAGCACGUCGUUAGGAUAAGAAAUCAAGUACUUGACGAGCAGCAUCCGGACCGGAAGAACUCUGAAGCUUGGCUCGAGGACUUCGAGGAUGAGUUGCACAAACUCGAGUAUAUAUAG